UGUCCAGAACAUAACCUACUUUGUCCAAAACCCCCCCUCCCCUGCGGAUCGAAGGCUGAGAGUGCUGACCACCAGAGUCGUGCGAAGCCCCAAAGCUAACUAACCGCUAACGGCUCCAGCAUGAAGACCCAAACGCUUCUGGUGUUCCUGGCGUGUUUUUGUCACCGAGUGUCCGGAGCAGUGUUCCUGAGGAGGGCCGAUGCUAACGCGGUGCUGCAGCGCGCCAAGCGCGCGAACUCGGGCUUCCUGGAGGAGGCCAAGGCGGGAAACCUGGAGCGCGAGUGUCUGGAGGAGAUCUGCGACUACGAGGAGGCGCGAGAAGUGUUUGAAAACGACGAGAAAACGAGAGAGUUUUGGCUGACGUACGAUGCUCGGGAGCCCUGCUUCACCAACCCAUGUAAAAACAAUGGGACGUGCAUAUAUUUGGCAGACUCUUACAUCUGCCAGUGCCUAGAGGGUUUUGAGGGCAAAUACUGCCAAGAAGAUUUUGUGGAUUCGCUUAAGUGCCUGUAUCUCAAUGGAGGCUGUGAGCAGUUCUGCGAUGGUUCAGGACCCAGGCACAAGUGUGCAUGUGCCUCUGGUUAUACUCUUGGAAAGGAUGGAAAGUCCUGCGUAGCUCAAGUUCAGUAUCCAUGCGGGAAGGCACCUCUUCAGCUGAAUCAGACUGUUAUACCACGAACUGUCAGUGGACAAGAAUGCCCUAAAGGCCACUGCCCCUGGCAGGUCCUGUUGGAUUAUCAUGGAGAAAGCCUCUGUGGUGGGGUUUUAGUAGAUGCCAGCUGGGUCAUCACGGCUGCUCACUGUGUGGAUAAAAGAGAUACAAACUACCUGAAAGUUAUAGCAGGCGACCAUAAUAUUGACAUAAUGGACGACACAGAGCAAGCUUUUCCUGUAACCCACGUGAUCGUCCAUGAGAGCUAUGACCCAGUGUCAAUGGACAGUGACUUGGCUCUUCUGCGACUACAUAAGCCAGCUACGUUGUCAGCUCACACUGUCCCCAUAUGCUUGCCAACACUCCAGUUCGCUCACAUGGAGCUAGCUUCUGUCCGCUUCCAUAGUGUAAGUGGGUGGGGCCGGCACACUGAAGGUGGCAAUGCCCCUGGUUCUCAACGUCCUAAAGGGCCAAAAUCCCCCAUACUUCGCAAGCUAGCUGUCCCGCUUUUGCCUAAGCCUCUAUGCUCCCUGAAGAGUGGGGUUAAUAUCACUGAAAACAUGCUUUGUGCUGGUUAUUUUGAGGGUAGGCAGGAGUCUUGUCGAGGAGAUGACGGCAGCCCCCUGGUCACUCAGUAUGGGGACACCACCUUCCUGACAGGGAUAGUGUCCUGGGGUAAAGGCUGUGCCCAUCCAGGGUUUUACAGGAUAUAUACCAAAGUUUCCAACUUUCUGGACUGGAUUCAGCAGACCAUGGCCAUGCCAAUCACCCAGCUGGACACACUCAGCAAAACUGCAAAUGUCUCAGUCUCAGCAGCACCUCCUCUUGAGCAGUUCAUAAAGAACUGAUUGCAGGCCAAGGACAAAAAUUGCUGCAUAAAGGCAUCCUUGUAGUCAUUAUUUCUGAUCGUUCUGGACAAAUUCAGCCUGAAGCUUAUGCAGACCACUGUACCUGAUGUACUUAACUCACACCAGCUAUUGAGUUGCUGUUCUUUUCUGAAAUAAAGAUCAAAUCAGACAUCA